AUGAGAGUCCUAUCAAAGACUUUCGGUAUCCAUCCUCUCACAGCAGAAGAUAUCAUGCUGCAGGAGGCGCGGGAGAAAGUCGAACUCUUCCGCCAUUAUUACUUUGUCAACUACCGCACCUUCGACCAGGACCAAAAUAGCGAGAACUUCUUGGAACCUGUGAAUAUGUAUGUCGUUGUGUUCCGCGAAGGCGUGAUAAGCUUCCAUUUCUCAAUGACACCCCACGCGGCAAAUGUUCGCCGGCGGAUCCGGCAGCUUCGAGACUACCUGAUUCUGUCCUCGGACUGGAUCUCAUACGCCAUUAUCGAUGACAUUACCGAUGUCUUUGUCCCUCUGAUUCAAAAUGUAGAAGAUGAGGUCGAUGAUAUUGAUGACGCUAUUCUGGAGCUGCACUCUGACGAACAUCCUGGGAAAUCGAAACAGUAUAACGAAAAGAAAUCCGAAGCGGAAACCUCGGGCGGCGAAACAGGCCGUGACAUGCUUCGGCGGGUGGGUGAUUGCCGCAAGAAAGUCAUGGGACUUCUUCGUCUGCUGGGCAACAAAGCAGAUGUAAUCAAGGGCUUCGCCAAGCGAUGUAACGAGCAAUGGGAAGUUGCACCGCGGUCUGAAAUUGGAUUGUACCUUGGUGAUAUCCAGGAUCACAUCGUGACUAUGACCUCGAAUUUGAGUCACUAUGAGAAGAUUCUCGCGAGAUCACAUGGCAACUACUUAGCCCAGAUCAACAUUCGUAUGAACGAGCGACAGGAAGAGACUGCCGACGUACUGGGCAAGCUGACUGUCCUCGGCACAAUCGUUUUACCCAUGAACAUCAUAACAGGUCUCUGGGGCAUGAACGUGUGGGUGCCAGGCCAAGAAUACGAGGGAGACCUGAAGUGGUUUUGGGCCAUUACUGCCGGCCUGCUCUUCUUUGGGUUUGCCUGCUUUUUCAUCGCUAAGAAAGUUUACAAGAUUGUAUGA